UACCGGAAAUGCUUUCAAACAGCCGUACUUUGGAGAGAUAGCUGCAUGAUGCUGAAUGACAGUGAGCUAGUAGCGCUGAGAAACAGAUUCAAGAAAGAUGCCGAGUUACUCAUGCAAACAACAACCACCUCAACCGACGAAGACAAGAGUGAAGAAAAAGGUGCCAGACCUCUCCCUCGAAUUAACAAACACUCUGUUUUCUGGAUUGUGGUCUCGAUAACUGUUACCUAUUAUGUGGAUUUCUUUCGCAACAUCAUCGAAAAUGAAAGCAUCCACAGUUGGUGGCUCAAUGUGGGACUGCUGCUCCUCGGAAUUUGUCUGUGCCUGGCCAUGUUUUGUAUUGUGUACCUGGAGGGGUUCAGAGGCAUCCAGCACUAUGAUCAAGAGUACCCAGCUAUCCCUCCUAUCACCACCGCUGCAUUUAUUGCAGCAUCUUGCAGUUUUAACAUAGCACUCUGGCCUGUCUGGUCCUUCUUCACUCCGCUCAUCCUUUUCACACAGUUCAUGGGUGUGGUCAUGUUCAUAUCUUUGCUUGGAUGAAUGAGACAGUAAUGCGUGACAAUGACGAAACCAUGAAGUAUUACAAGAACGGUGAAGCAGCUUGAAGGAAUCCAGCUAUUCUUCCUUUUUUAUUAAGGUGAUAUGAACAUUAUGACUAUUCUAUGAGUCAUGUGAAGACUGCAUUGUUGAAACAUAUGUUAAAAAGAGUGCUUAAAUGCUUUUUAAGAUUUGGCUGAGAAGCAAUGUUUGUGUUUAAGAAUGUUACUUCUCCAUUAAGUGCUAUUUUUAAACUUCUAUAUCUACUUUUGAUAUCUAUAAACUGCUAACAAGAACCCUUUCUAAACCUUAAAAAUGUCUUUUAAUUGUAUGUCUGCAUCAAAUCCAUUAAAUUUGAAUUGGAAACCAAUAUUGCAGGAUGUUUUGGUGAAGAUCACUUAUUUUUGCUACGACACGAACCUUCAUGUGACUUUCUUCUCUAUUGUGAAUAAAUGUGAAAUUCUCUUGGAGAUAAAGUAUCUAUUAUUUGCAGAUGUGCCUCGCCACAUUGCGGUUCAUAUUUCGCAGCUUCACUGUAUCAUGGUUUUUCCAAAAAUAAAUGAAUAAAUCAU